CGCGCUUCUCCUGCCUUCCGGCUGUGGCGUAAACUAUGGCACCUACAGAGUGUGCAUAUUGCACGGCAGCAAGGCCGACACCCCCCGUCGCAGCAUGAAUCAAUACACGUUCGCCGGCGCACAACUUUGCGAAAUGGCCCAAGGCUACCUCUGUCGUCGAAAAUAUACUCGGCAAAGAGGCUGCGUCCUCAAAAGACAAAUUUUUGGGCUUCACCUCCA